UUUGCAACCCUCACGCUGGGUUUGUUUUGAAUUAUUUUAAAAAUGUUUAAAAAACUAAAGCCGGGUGAAAGCGAGGAGGAUGUUCUCCGCAUGGCAGCCGACUUCAAUGCGGAGCGAGAGAAGAAUCCGAAUUUUCAGCCAGCAGCGGCGUUUGUACGUAUGGAAAAGCCUCCAAGGAAGUCCAUGUUUGCACAGAAACGGGAGCAGGCGAAGCUGGGUCGCAUAUCCUCCACCAACGAGUCAGGACCACAGGAGCCCGAAUUGAACGUAGAAGAGGUGAAAGGAAAUACAACGAGCAGUAACGGGACUCCAUCGACCACCGUUCUGCUGGAUGAAAUCCAUGAGAACAUGCUGGGAGAUGUGCGUGGUAGCAAAGUGAAUCCCAGUUUGAUGGGCGCCGUGCUUGGCGAUAUUGUGGAAAGAGCCGAAGGUGCGCAGCGUCCCGCAAUCAAACAUUCCCAUGAGCCAGCCACCAAUAGGCCGCGCAGCAUUUUCGCCAAACAGCUUUUGGAAGGAAGUGCAAAAAGUAUCCCGGAGGCGCAGAAGAGCCUCAAUUCCAAGGAACCAACCGGUCGCAGUGCCAUUGUAAGAGAUGCUAAACUGGCAAAAGAACUGCAUGAGGAAAACAUGGCUGUGCUCAGUCAAAUGAGCACUGAGGACAUUUUAGCCGAACGCCAAAGAUUGCAGGCCACAUUGGAUCCAGCAUUGCUUGCAUUGUUGUCCAAAAAUCGUGCAACCAGGAGCCCUUUGCCUAAGAAUGAGCCAUCGCCAAAGCCCAUCGAACCCCCGCCACAGCCUCAAGGGCCCCUCUCAUCUUUGGUCGACUCCAAUCCAGCCCAUGCGCUCUUGCUACAAAGUGACGAGGACAAAUGGCUUAAUUUCAAUCUAGUGGAGGAACACAAACUGGCCUGGAUGCGCGAUAUACCAGCCAAGAUGAGCGAGCUGAAGCCGGGACAGCAGUUCGAUGCGCGCUUUGACUGGAAGGGUGUGCUACUGCCGCACACGCUCAAGAAUCCAGAGCAGGACCAGGCUCCACCAGUGGACGAGCGAGAGCUGUUUUUACACGGCGAGGAAGCUGAUCGGCCGGGCUACACACUGCAGGAGCUGUUUCGAUUGGCGCGCUCCACUGUGUUGCAACAAAGGAUCUCGGCAUUUGGUGCCAUUGCGGGUAUCUUCAGCAUCUACAAUCAGGGCUUUUAUGACCAGGUGCUACAACUGCCGAUUUCGAAAAUGUUCUUCCUACUGCGCUUUGGCCUCGAUGAAAAUGUGGCCGCGCAGCUGGAGGUAGUAAGCAGGGCUCUGGCCUGCUUGUUCUACAACGAAACGGACGAAGUGCUGCUUGACCACAUCCACGACAAUGCCUACUGCCAUUGGCAGCCAACGCUGCAGGUUUUGAGCAGUUACAGCGACUCGGACUCCGAUCCCACAUCCAUUGCCUUUCUGCAGCGCUACAUGAAGCUGUUGUCGAGCAGUCCCUCUGUGCGUGCCGAUGUCGCCGAGGAUGAAACGGAGAGCCGCAUGUCCAUGGAUGACUUUCAGCUGGCCGAGACAGACCUAUUGGAUUGUCUGCUGCGGACGAAUAUAUUGCAGCGCAUUACGUUUAUCUUGAGCUCAGUGCGUCCCGACAACAGCACCGUGGAUUCCUGUUUGAAGCUGCUCAUACGCAUCGCUCGCACAAGCAUCAAGGUGGCACGACAGUUGGCAAACGAAAGCUAUCUCUUAGAUGUUAUAUUAACCAACUUCCUGCCCUCUGUGUCGUCGGCGAACGGCACCUUCUACAGCCAGCCCCAGCCACUCUGCCUGAAGCUUAUUCGAAUACUGAUCUGCCAGCACUUGGACAUAGCCAAGAGCCUUGCCAAGGGCGGGCUAAUCGAGAGACUCAAACAGUUUCUGUUUCUACGCGACACUGUUGGGGGCAAGAUGGUACGCGUUCAGGUCGAGGCACUGCGCAUCCUGCGGUGUCUGCUCCUCCUGGGGAUUGUGGAUCGCGAUCUGUACAGACAGUUCCUGCCCGCCCUGCGCCAAAUGGUGGACUGGCACUGCAAUCACAGUGUUUUCGAUGGAGUGGGCGGUUCAGUGCUGAUCCGGCAGCACGCAGCGGCCCUGCUCGUGGCAAUUGUGGCCGCCGGCGAGAGCGGAGUCUGUGACGUGGAUGGGCAGAAGAUGCUGGCAGAGCCACUGCACAAUUGCUGUUGCAGCUGGUUGCACUCUGCCUCGCGCAUCGAUGUCCUCAAAGAUUUCACCCAACUGACGCUAUUGAGUGCUGCUCUGUAUGCCGUUUCUUGGUUCUGCCGCAAUGGCUAUUUGGGAACGAUGGCCUUUCAGCCAUUUCUGCGCAGCGUUCUUCCGCAGUUUGUGCGCUCCCCUUGCUUCGUUGCAUGUGUGCGUGACCUAAGCAAGGGCUCUGUCUUACUGCGACGCCCCAUCGAUCGGCGCAAUGUUCAUCCCGCAUUGCCGAAUGUGGGCGCUGUUUUGAUGCACGACUAUGGGCCGCAGCUGAUCGUGAGCGACACGUACCCGGUGCACCUGUUAAGCAGCAUCUGGGCUUUGCGCGACCUGUCGCUGGAGUCUGGCCAGAGGCCAUUGUUUGAGGCGCUUAUGCAACCGUCGGUGCUGGAGCCAGUGGCCGAGUAUCUGCGUCAAAUGAGCACCGGGCUGAAUCGCAUCCUGGCCACCAACUUCUUUGCCCGCAGCGAGCUGAGGUUCGUCCAUCAGUUGCUCGUCACGGACGGACUGGAGACCUACUUGGAGCGCACGCAGCUGCUGCAGCUGGUCUACAAUUAUCUCUGCUGCCUAUCCACAGCCCAUGCGACACAGAUCAAGAGCACAUUCGAGCGCUUUAUCUUCAAUGGUCAGUACGUGGAGUUGGAUGCAGCGUGCCUAAAGCUGCUGCAACAGACUUGCAUGGAAAUGAUUUACCCGCACGUGAUUGCUGACAACUCUGAGCCCUCGCUGUCGCUCUGCUACACGCAGGCACCCAUCCUGCCGGCUGACUGGCCAUUCUUUCAGAUGCGUCUUAUCCUCAGCAACUACUUGCAGAAUGUGCAGCAGCAGCCAGCGGCCAUAUUCUCAGAACAGCAGGUGAUCCGCAUGACUCUUAUGUUUGUGCGGCAACUGGAGAGGGAAGGCUUGCAAAUUGUUUCGCCGCUGGAGAAGCUUAUGUAUCUGAUGAUUGCCUUUAUGGGUCCCGACUCGCAGUUCUUGGAGCAUGAUCUGCAUCAGCUGCUGCACGGCUACCUCAAGGAUUUCUACACCCAGCAUGCCACGCAUCACUUUGACUUUGAUGCCGAGCUCGUGGAUAAGGCCAGAUUCGAGCCACUCUACUAUUUGUUCGUGGAGCACUUUGCAGCUGCCAGCUACGGCGACGAGCUCUUCAGCUCGCUGGUGCUGCUUCCCUUGGCCCAGAAGUACGACAACAAAUGGCGACGGCGCCUCUGGUCCGAGCAUGUGCAGGUUAUGCGGUAUCUCAACUGUCAGGAGGAUUUGUUAAUCGGUGGACUGUCUGCGUAUCUGGAACCUGUAGAGAAGGAGCCAUCGCUGGUGCAGUUGUACGGCGAUGCACUGGAGCGCAAUCUGGUUCGUCCUGGCAGCAUUGCUUAUCGGAUAGCACAGCACCACUUCAAUCACUCGCAGGUGGUGCAAAAGACCAAAUUGUUUUGAUUAUCUCAAAAUUAAUUAGGCAUGUACCUCCAUUGGACUCUGCGGCGAUAAAAUUAUGUCAUGGCGGGCUCCAAAGGUGUCUAAAUGUGGCAAUAUUCUAUUUAAAAACGAACUGAUUUCGGAGCUAUCUCUACUGGCCGAAAUAGAACCUGCUCAGGAGGACCCUUGAGAAUGAUAUGCACGUGAUUUGUCACAAUGGCCAUUGGACUGCCAUUGGAGUGCCCCAAUCGGACACUUAAUGGGUAUAGAAAUAAAUGUAUGCGUAAGACUUAAUAGUAAUAGUUUGAGUCCUAUGUUUGGUAUGCAUGGGGAUCAGUCGUUGUGUAAGCAUUGUCCGUGCGUCUAGUUUAAUUGCAUGUCCGUAAUCUGCUUGUGGCAGCCUGACUGAUGCAGGGCAUUUUGCUAUCGGCCUCAAUUAAUUAACAUCACUUGACUUAUUGACACAUGGCCCAAGACUUGGUUGCCAUUGCCGUUCCCGUUGGCUUGCCUUGCCCUGCCCUGCCCGACUGCUGAUAAAAUAUAUGUAAUUAAAUCGAGCACAAUUGAGGGGCCCGCUGCUAAUUAAAUUAUUUGAUCUGUG